AUGGAGGCGGGGAGAAAUGAAGCGACACUCACGACCCUGAGGGAGCGAGAGACUCAACGGGUCACGGGGCAUACAGUUGACAUAUCUGGAAUCCAAAUUUCGCUCGAAUUGGAUCACAACGUGGAACACGUGUUCAUCGAGCAAUCAAUCAAGUCGCUCUGGAUCACCAACGCCAGCGAGGACAACUCCAUCCGCCACUUGACCCCCCCCCCCACCAGUUGCCCUUCCAAACUUCCGACAGGCCCAAGCGUUGGGGACAGCCCGCCUUCGCUCCACCCUCGUCUCACAUCCUCUUUGUCUGCCCGCGGCCUCCCUUUCCGUCGCGAGAGUGCACCGCACGGUGCUUGCCCUCGCCUGCCUCUCCCUCGCCUGCCUCUCCCCCGCCUGCCUCUCCCCCGCCUGCCUCUCCCCAUGUCCGCCCCUUGCCACGUCCGCGCGGUCACCGCCCGCGAUAUCGCGGCGGUGUGCGCUUUCUUUCUCCUCCUCCCUUCCAUCGCGGCUAAUUCGCUAACGUUCGAGCUUGGCUUCGGGCAGCGCAAAUGCUUCUCCGAGGAUCUUCCGCCGGACACGCGGACGCUAGGGACGGUGCACGUGUCGUCCGGGCACGGGGACAUGACGCUGGAUCUGUUUGUGGCGGACGGUCGCGGCAAGGUGUACUUCCACCGUGCGAACGUAGACACGGUGAAGUUUUCGUUUGUGACGGGGGCCGGGUCGGCGCACACGCGCGAGUCGUACCGGUUCUGCGUGGUGAACCAGGUGACGGCGCACGCGGUGCGGCCGGCCGCGAACGUGGCGCGGCGCGUGACGCUCGAGGUGGACACGCUGCGGCCGAGCACGGACUCGCCCGCGGCGCGGAUCGCCAAGCAGGACCACGUGGACAAGGUGUACGCCAGCUUUGUGGCGGUGCAGAACGAUAUCGAGGACUUGAUCGAGAAGAUCGAUGAGCUGAGGGAGCGCGAGGAGCAUCUGAAUCGGGCGAACGAGGACACGUCGUCGACGAUUUUUAGGAUUAGCUUCGUCGCUUGCUUGUUUACUAUUAUAACUGGACUACUCAACUUUUUAUCUCUCAAGUCGUUCUUCAAGCGGAAGAAGCUGGCGUGAUUCCCGCACGGGGGAGCGAUCGGGCUCCCCACGUGCAGUCUGCGGUUGCGCCCAGCUGUAAAAAAAAUUCAAACUGCCAUUUCAGUGCAGUUGGACUUGGGGGCGCAGGCGUGGGGAGUUUGCUCUUUGUUCGACAAGUAGGUGCAUCGAUGUGUCGAUGAGGUAGGACGGCAAGAUGUGAGGCGUGGGGCUGAGGCGUGGGGCUGAGGCGUGGGGUUGAUUUUCAAGGGUUGUAAUUUUUUUGGGGGCGUCAUAAUUAUGCUUUUUAAGGCAUUUUUCAGGCGGCGGGGGCGUGCAGGGGGGCGUGCAGUUGAGUGAAGGAGAAGGCGGUCGAAAUGGGAGUGGAGCAAAAAGGAUUGUGCCUAGAUAUUUGCGAGUGAAUAGUGUCGCCGUGCCGGAUUGCACACUCCUUGGUCGGUUCGACCAUUGUUUAGGUUGUUGUUCCUUGUUUUAGUGUUUUAAGUCAAGGCAGCAGGCGUGGAAAUCCACAUCAUUGUUUUGAAAUCAUAGUUUGGAAAUGGUUUUAAAGUCAAGGGCCUUUUGCAUCAUUCCUUGAUA